GUUCGCAGGCUGAACGUGAACACCGAGCAGCGCAUCCUCCACCUUCGUUCGUUCGGCUGACUCCUACAUUCUACUAAUGGCGGCGGUAUCUCUAUCCAAUUCUCCAAUUACUCAGGUCUCGCAAACACCCGUGCAGACCAACCUGCAACCCCACCUCCUGACGAGAUUGCUUCUGGAUUUGCGCGGUAAACGCUUCUCGGUGGAUCGAGAAACUAUCAUGAACCUUCCUGAAUCGGUGCUCCUCUGCUUAUUCCCAAACGGUCUUGUACUAAGUCGUCAGAGCGCGGCCUUAUCCGAUGGGGGAGAUAACGAUGACUAUGAGGAGCUGUAUGGUGUUGACUUUGAUCCGGACUGCUUCUCCUAUGUGCUCACGUUCUUCCGCAAUGCAUCGGACGCCUUCUAUGGCACACCCAGCUCUCCCGGACUUUUCGCGGCACAACAGCAGCUGGUUGAAGGCGGUUCGCCCACGUCGGACUUUGGCUCGAGCCCGUCACAGAACCCCCUCUUAACCAAGCAGGCUAUCAUUGUUCUCAGGGAAGAACUCGAAUACUUCUCCAUACCGCCCAAAGACAGCGGCACUAUCACGAAUCCCAAUGGCAUUGCCAAUGAUGCGCUCCUCGGGCUGAAGAGAAAGUGCGGCGAAUAUCUGCUGAACAAACGCAACAUCUUCACCGCUCUGCAACGCAAUGUGAACAAGGAGAACAACAUUGCAGAACAACAUCUAAUUGACAUGCUAUGCAUGAGUGGAUUCGAUCGAGACGACGAGUGGGGAUACCGUGCUAUGGAGCCUUCACGAUGCUGUAUAUCAUCGAUAGCCCUUGUGCUAUUGAAGACAGGCAUUGUUCACCACCCACCUGGCCCGAAUGGUGAGAGGCAAGUGACGGUCGACUACAACCAGAUGACCACGGCGCAGAAACUCCUCCUGUUCUGGAGAAAGCCCGCACGGAAGUGCUGGUGGGACGGGAUUGAGAUAAACCUUGCUGUGCCUGGCGAGCCGGAGAAGCUCGUUAAGCUGUGGGCACGGAGGGUGUGGACACUAGAGCUUAGCUUGGUGUGACCCGUAUGUGGGCAAUCUCUCUCAUUUUAUCACGUAAUAUCCACGAUGUUCCCUCUCUCACCCUCGCUGCAUAUACUGGAUACCCAUUCAUGUUGAUACGAAAUAUCAGUUGCGUAUAUAUUGCUCUGCUAUUGCUAUCACGAAUGUGUACCUUGCGCACAUUAGCGCAUUUGAGCACUCAUGGUGAUUGGUCCUGACGGAUCAGAAGUCUGCUUGGAACGCACGACCAUUCUUG